AUGACUUCUAUCAGCUGUCUGAUCGUAUCGGACAUACACAACGAGUGGCCAUAUUCGAAAGCUCACCCAGCACCCAAAGUUGACGUGCUCAUACAUUGCGGCGACCUCACACAGUACGGUGGCCUGCCAAGCUUGGAACGCGCCCUCAACAACAUCAACUCUGUCGAUGCCGAGCUUAGAUUAGUCAUUGCCAGUAACCACGACGUAGAUCUGGAUCCACUUUGGUUUGAGCAGUUUGCUGAAGAUGACGACGAUAUCGAGAUUGGCGCUAAGUGCCUUUCACUAAUAAAAUCUCAAAAGGAGCAUGGCACCCACUAUCUGGAAGAAGGGGUACACUCGUUCGUCCUAAAUGAUGGACGAUCUUUCAAAGUGUAUGCGACACCUUACACUCCUCGAUUCGGCGAGUUCGCAUUCCUGUACGGGGAAGAUGAAGAUAGAUUUAACGAAGGUGCAAACGUGAUUGCAGAAGGCGUUGAUAUCGUUGUCCCACCCGCGUUUCCUAUGAUCCCAACUUAUAAGCUCGACAUCAAUCGGGAAGGAGAGCACUGCGGGUGGCAAAACCGAGGCUUUGUUGCUUCGGCCACAUUCAUGAAGGUCGUGGAGUAG